GUCUUUAGAACUGUCAGUGUCAAAAGUUAUAUUAUUUUGCAAAUGUCAAAAACAUGCUGCAUGUUGUUUUUCUAUUAUAAUUAAACGUUUUUAGCAGUGUUAUUUCUCGAAUUUAAAUAAAAGAGGCUUUUAAUUUAAGCUUAAAAAUGGCGAAAAAAGGCAAAAUAAAGAUCAGUAAAACGAAGAGGAACAAUCAGAUAACUAACAAAAUGAAGAAGCAGGGUAAGCUGAAGUUGCAGCGGCACAGACAGAAGGUUCAGAAGCAGAAGGCGCCUGUGCAGACCCAGCCUGAAUACAGCAGCGACAGCGAGUCCUCGAGUAACGAAUGGGCAGACAUGUUGGACGAGGACGAACAGCAGUACAUAGUCCAAAGGCUCGCCAAACAGCCCCAGUUAUUAUCUAAUAUACCAGAUGAACCGGAAACUAAACGCGGCUCAAAACGUAAACGCAACAAAGAGAAAAUGCCCAAACCAAUAAAACAGAGCGACACAAACAUCUCCGACAGUGACAGUGGAGCUGAGAGUGACACAGAUGACAGUGACGUCGAGGAAAAAUAUGAAAAAGAACAGUCAGAGCGGCCAGCUAAGAAAAUGAGACCUCUUCUGCCUAUCAAGACUAAACAUGGAGUGAUGGAAAGAGAAGAAGAAUGUGAAGAAUCUGAAUCGGAGCAAGAAGAUGACAAUGAUCUGAAUCAGCGAGCUGACACAAAUGAACAGUCAAAGACAGACUCAGGCUCUGACUCGGGUAUGGAAGUAGCCGAUGAGGUCAACGUCAGUCAGCCUGAUGAGGUGGAUGAGGUCACUACGGUGGAGCUGUUGGCUGCGAGGAGGGACAAAUUGAGGCAUGAGAAACUGAGGAUUGGUGCACUCUGUUCAUCUUUGUUGGAGAGUCCAGAAAAAAAGUUAAAGAACUUGUUCCCAAUCCUAUACCUGAUGGAAGAGAGGUUGAAGGACGGAGCACUGAACCUGCUGUCAGUGAGGAAGCUUGCCACCAUCUCUGCUGCCGAGGUGUUUAGAGACAUCCUGCCUGACUAUAAGAUAAGGCAUCAAGACUACUCUGACAUUAAGUUGAAAAAGGACACAUUAAGCUUAUACAAGUAUGAAAAGGAGCUGUUAGAGUUCUACAAGAGAUAUUUGCAAAGGUUGGAAAAGGCUGCUAAUGUGCUGCGACAGAAAAAGGGGGACAACAGGAAGUUCGACGAGCCCACAGUGAGCCUGGCGCUGCUGUCACUUCGCUGUAUGGCGACGCUGCUGGUGGCGCGACCCAACUUCAACUACGCGACCAACAUCGCGCAGAGCGUCGUGCCCUUCCUGGACAGUCGCGAGCCGCGCGCACGAGCGAUCGUGUCCGAAAGCUUCGCCAGCGUCUUCACCGAGGACAAGAAGGGCGAGAUCACACUCGCUAUCGUGCGUCUCAUCAACCAGCUGGUGAAGCGGCGCGGCGAGCGCCUGCAGCCGGCCGCGCUCGACUGCCUGCUGUCGCUCAACAUCAAGCACGUGGAGCUGGACCAGGAGGCCGAGCUGCAGCACAAGAAGCGCCAGGAGGAGAAGCACAAGAAGAGGAUCGUCAACCUCUCCAAGAUGGAGAAGAAGCGCGCCAAGAAACUGAAAGAGGUGGAGCGCGAGCUGCUGGAGACGGAGGCGAUGGAGAGCGAGGCGGCGCGCAAGAAGCUGCUGACGGAGGUGACGAAGACCGUGUUCCACAUCUACUUCCGCCUGCUGAAGACGGCGCCGCGCUCGGGGCUGUUGGCCGCCGCGCUCCUCGGGAUCGCCAAGUUCACGCACGUGAUCAACCUGGAGUACUACUCGGACCUGGUGGCUAUCCUGGCGCGGCUGGUGGCGGACGAGCUGGUGGCGCGGCGCGAGCGGCUGCUGUGCGUGCGCGCCGUGCUGUGCGUGCUGGCGGGCGCGGGCGACGCGCUCAGCGUGGACCCCGCGCGCUUCCACAACCACCUGUACGACAACACGCUGCACGCGCACGCAGGCGCGACGCAAGCCGACGCGGCCAUCAUCGUGGAGGCGAUCUGGCAGAUGUGUGCGCGCGCGCGCCGCGUGUCGCCCGCCGUGCUGCGCGCCUUCUGCAAGCGCCUCGCCGCCGCCGCCGCGCAGCUGCAGCACCACGCCGCGCUCGCAGCCCUGGCGCUGCUGCACCAGCUCGCGCAGCAAAGUAAAGCGGUCACGUCGCUGUUCGAGACGGACGAGACGGUGGGGUCGGGGCGCUACGACCCCCUGUCCCCCUCCCCCGAGCACUGCAACGCGCACUGCGCCGCCGCGCACGAGCUGUGCGCGCUGAGGAAGCACUACCACCCCACCGUGCGGAGCGCCGCCGCCUCGCUGCUCACUAGAGGGAGCUGGCCGGCGGAACUCAACAAGUUAACACCCAUGCAAAUACUAUCGCAAUACGACGGGUCCAAAAUGGCGUUCAAGCCGUCCGUACCGCCGCCCAAACCCCACGCCCAGCCCGGCAAGAGCAAGACCCACGCGUGGGCAAACGUCGAUUUCAAGGCCCACUGUAAUAACAUAGAGGAGAAUGUAGCUAUAACCUUCAGUGAAAAGAUUGUUAGAUGAUUUGCAAAACUAGUGUUAAUAAAAUAUUUGACAUUAAAA